AUGCCUCGCGCAUCGGGAUCGAGCAAGCGACAGUCAGGAGCCGCUCAUCGCGACACCAAGGAGAAUGGGCUCGUAGCCCCGGCAAAGCGAGUUACUGGCAGGAAGAGCCUCAAUCCUCCCGAGGGCCCUGCGAGGCCGGCCGACCAUGGCGCGGGCCACGCAGGGCCGCAGUUUGUGCUGCCCAACGGCGUCUCCAAGGCCGCCAUCGACUUCCACGACCGCUCCACCGAUGCUCGCAGGGCUUCCGUCGGCAACUACUCUGAGACGUCCACGUCCGAGUCGUGCACCUCCCAUAUAGGUUCCGGUUCUGCUGCCAAUGUCGACGGCGGUCAUCGCCAGAUCGACGUCAAUGCCCUCAAGAACGCAGACGUCCACCGCGAUUCCGGACCCAUCGACAUGGUGGCCACCGUCCUCAAGACGCUCCCUGUGCAGGACACGCUCGCCAUCCUCAUCAUCCUCAUGCAGCUCCCGACGCUUUCCCUCUCCAUCAUCUACGGCAUCUUUACCUGUCUGACCUUUGUUCCCCCCGUCACCACCAGCUCCGGCAUCAACCUCAACUUUGCCGAAAUCUUCGAUGGCCACUCCACCAUGCCCUCCCUCGUCACCGUUGUCUGCAUGGACUUCUUCUUCCUCCUCGUCUGGCUGUUUCUGUGGCAGCCGGUCCAGGACGCUAUCUUGGAUCUCGCCAAACCCAUCAUCGCCAUCACCCUCGGCGGCGGCACUACGUAUAGGAACGGCGGCUCCCGAGGCCUUACUACCUGCUUCAUCUGGAUCGUCAUCAACCAUGUCAUCCGCAGUACGAGAACCCACUGGUCCCGGCUUGCUAGGCACAUCCCCGAGGACUGGCAGGUGCCUUCUGCCCUGAGCAGCACGUUCGAAUCGACCUCCGUCAUGCACGAUAAGAGAAGUGCGUUUGCGUGGGUUCGGAGCGGACUGGCUAUUCAUAUCCUGACACAGGGACUCGUAAGAUAUAUUCGUGAGUGGUACUUGAGGAGGGAAAAGGCCAACGCAGCGUCCGGCCAGCAUGAUCCCGAAGCAGGGAAGCCCGUAGCAACCAUUUCCAUCAACGGCGAGAUUGCCCACGACACUGGCUUUAAUACCCCCGAUACGGAGACUGGAUGCCCCCCUCAACCGGCCGCCCCCGCCUCCACCAACAAGAAAAGAAGAAAGCAAAGCACGCAGGUCAGGCUGCAGCAGCCGCUAUGGGCUGCCCUGGCCAGCACAAAGAUUGUUGUCAUGAAGGAAUACGAGUCGUCCCACGUACCCUCGAAAUCGCUCGGCGUCAACACGACGGACAUUCACAACCUAGGAAACGCACCUUUCAAUACACAACCCAAGCAGAUAUGGAUCUCAUAUAUCGACGACGAACCGCCACUCCCCACCACCGCCAACGGACACGCAAUCACGCGGCCGGCCGGUGUCGAUACGUCCAAGCCCUUUUACGUCAAAGUGAACAACGCAUUCUGGCAACCCACACGCAUCUUUCCUGUUGUCGAAGCAGACGAUGGCGGUCGAGGCGGUACCCGUUGGACGGGAGACAUUUAUGGCCUCCGCCCAUCGUCCAAAUACGUCUGUGAGUUUGUGGAUAUCAGGACUGACAAGGUUGUCUUCUCCACAAGUAUCCGGACCAUCAAAGAACCCGCCAGAGAGAAUAGCAACGUGCCCGUCGCCGUGUCUGGCUCUCAGCAGUCACUACAACCCGAUUCCCCCGCCACUACUCUAAGCAUCUCCAUUGCAGCCGCAGAAGUCAGACUCAACGACGAGAAGAAUCGCCUCAAGACGUGGCGGAAAGAAUGGAAAUCGAGAAUCAACGCUCUCAAGAAGGAAAACGAGCUUACGGACAACCAACUAGCCUCGGCCGGCCACAGCGAUGACAAGUAUAGACAAAAGAUCCGCCAGCAAGAGACUCAGAAAGCACAGGCCGAACGCGAUACGGAAACUCAAGCCGAACAGCUCAAGAAGUUUGACGGUUCGCCAGAGCUAGCCGAGAACAAGAAGAAGAUGGAGCGAUCCUACUCGGGCGAGAAGAAGCUCUAUGAUGCAGCGCAGAAGAGUUUCCGCGAGUACAAGGCAACGCUGGAGAGCGAGGUCCAAUCCAAGGACAAUGAGAAGGGCAACCUCAAUACCAAGCGCAACAAGAUUGCCACUCGCAUUGCCAAGGUUGAAAACGAGCUCGCCAACAUCACCGAUGCAAACAACCGGGGUCUCAACGAGGUGGAGCGCCGGAAGCGUGAACGUGCAGGCUGGCAGGAGCAGAUUGUCAACUCGGACAAGUCGUUCAACGAUCAGCUGGGGCAGAGCUAUGCCAACAACAAUAUGAAGGCUGAGCAUCUCCGCAGCCUCCAGAACGAGUUGCAGACAGUUAGAAGCUACAUGAGCCAGGCCAACGGCUUGCCUGUUGACAUGGCCUCACUCGAGUCAGCCGUCCACGUUCCCUUUCAUUCGCCGCAGCCACAGCAACAGCAGUUGCCGCCGCAACAGCAGCCGCAAACUCCUUGGAAUCCCAAUCCCGCUGCUCCCGCGCAUUUCCCUGCCAGUGUCAACUACUGGGGAGGCGUAAAUGGCGAGAAUCACUCCUCCACGUCUCUCUCUCUGGGUCCUCCCGGCUUGGCAGCCUGGCAAUCCCCGCCCAUGACCUCUUUCGAGCUCCGCGGCGCCAAAUCGCGAGGUCGCAGCUCUAGUAUGCUCAGCGACGUUAGCGGUUUCACCCAGCCGAGCGAUGAGGAGCCUCGUUCUCCCGUCGGCAUGGGCAUCUCACGACGCCCCAUGUACACGAAGCGGUUCGGCGUGCACGACAGCAGACGGAGCACAGGCAGUGGUGGCAGCGGUGGUAGUGGUAGCAUGGGCGAUCCGUCCAGCCCGGCGUGA